CUUUAGUGGAUUGGCAGCACUGCGAGUAAUGAAGCAAAAUUUUUCCGAAUUCCUAGAAAUCAUCUCAAAGCUGACUCUGCUGACUUAAUUAGAUAUAAAUAAACAUGCACUCAAACCUACGGGCUAACUGCUGAUCAGAUAAUCUUUGAACUUCACAAUUAAUGAAUAACAAAAUAGUUGAGUCUGUGAUGGAUCUGCAUACUAAGCAGAGGCAGUUCUCUGGUCAACUGUACAAAUAUACCAAUGUGAUGAAGGGCUGGCAAUAUAGAUAUUUUAUGGUUGAUGCCAAUGCAGGAUUACUACACUAUUAUCUUUGCGAAGGAGAAAAACCAGAUGGCUCAGUACCGAGGGGUUCAGUUCAUCUUUCAGGAGCAGUUAUAUGUCCUAGUGAUGAAGAUUCAAAAACGUUCACUGUCAAUUGUGCAUCAGGUGAUAUGCUCAAGUUGAGAGCAGCAGAUGCUAGAGCUCGACAAGAGUGGGUUAAUGGAUUAAGAGCUGUUGCUGAAUCUCACACUAAGUCGAGUUCAGGGAACAGCCAACCAUUACCACCUAGGGAACAGUUGGCAGUUUUAGAUGCAAUGGGAUGUGUUAGAUCACAGUUACAUCAAACAGAACAAGCUGAUUUAGCUUUAUGCAGGUCAAUUGAGGCUGCUGGUCCUAAACUAUACAUCGACCCUAAUCUUCUACUUCUGAAAGCUACUUCUGCUGCAGCUUUGCAUUGCCUAAUACAGUGUUCGAAUAUUCUACAGAGAAAUCAACAUGCUCAGCAGGCAAGGCUUGGAUUUGCCAUAGAUGAAGACUAAUGUAUAUUUAAAUUAUUAAUUUAAGUUGAAUCUAAUAUUAUAAAUUCAUGAAAUAGAAAAAUAUUAUCUGAUUGAAAUUACUGUUUAAGUGAUAUAUAAAUAAACCUAGAUGUACACAUAA